CUCCUUGCCGGCGCCCACCCCAGCAGCCGCCCGCCGGCUCGCCCGUGCAGCGGCGAUGCCCGGGAGCCCGAGCCCGGCGCCGGCCCCCGGCCCGCCGCAGCGUUAACCUCCGCGCUGCCCGAGCGCGCCGCCGCCGCUGACCUCGCGCUCGAAGCCGCGAUGGGCAACACGGUGCACAGGACCUUGCCAGAUGCAAGCCCACCAGCACGCCUCCUGGCCACCCGGCCAUGCUGCGGCCCCGGUCCCGAGCGGCGACCAGUCCUGGGUGAAGCGCCGCGUUUCCAUGCGCAGGCCAAGGGCAAGAACGUGCGGCUGGACGGCCACUCGCGCCGGGCCACGCGGCGCAACAGCUUCUGCAACGGCGUUACGUUUACACAGCGGCCUAUCCGCCUGUACGAGCAGGUGCGGCUGCGCCUCGUGGCGGUUCGCCCGGGCUGGAGCGGCGCGCUGCGCUUCGGUUUCACGGCGCAUGACCCGUCACUCAUGAGCGCCCAGGACAUCCCCAGGUAUGCCUGUCCCGACCUGGUCACGAGACCCGGCUACUGGGCCAAAGCGCUGCCCGAGAACCUGGCGCUGCGCGACACUGUGCUGGCCUACUGGGUGGACCGCCAUGGCCGCGUCUUCUACAGCGUCAACGACGGCGAGCCUGUGCUCUUCCACUGCGGGGUGGCUGUGGGCGGCCCGCUGUGGGCACUCAUUGACGUCUACGGCAUCACGGACGAGGUGCAGCUACUCGGUACCCUGCAGUCUAGUCCCGCAGCCACAACGCCGUCAGGGUCCUUCAGCGGCUCCCAAGAUGACAGCGACUCAGACGUGACCUUCAGCGUCAACCAGUCCUCCUCGGCGUCAGAGUCGUCCCUGGUGACGGCCCCCAGCUCCCCGCUGAGCCCGCCAGUGUCUCCCGCUUUCCUGCCCCCGGAGCCGACGGGCAGCAAGAACGGCGAGUGCACCGUGUGCUUUGACAGCGAGGUGGACACGGUCAUCUAUACGUGCGGACACAUGUGCCUGUGCCACAGCUGUGGCCUGCGGCUCAAGAGGCAGGCCCGGGCCUGCUGCCCCAUCUGCCGGCGGCCCAUCAAGGAUGUCAUAAAAAUCUACAGGCCAUAACCGGGCCGCCUCCGGGGCCUUGGCCGGAGCGAGGCAAGGGGAGCCCCUGAGCGGAGCAACCUGCUACAGCCGCCAGAGAGGCCCCGGGUGAAGGCUACUAUGUCAUCUGCUAACCUCCAGUGGCAUCUGGUUUGUGGAAAUGAGGCCUUGAGCCC